GUGGAUUUGGACCUGACUUUGACGUGCUGGGAAAGUACACGCAACUGAAAUAACUGCUGCCUUUUAUUCUUUAAUUCAACAUGGGCAAGCACCGCAAACGUCAAACCAAUAAACAACGGAAUACCACUCGAAAUACACCAUCGUCACCGCCUAAUCCUCCUCCUUCUACGGAACCGACAGAAUUCACAGGUCCGAAAAGAAAGCUCGGUUCAGAGACUGAUUUCGCGGAGAACCCUCGCCCAAGGAAACGAAUCGCAAACAUUGUGAACAUCAAAGCAGGACGACAAGGUUCAGCUUGUGCUUACUGUCGAAAGUCAAAGAUACGUUGCGGCACGCAUUUAAAGUGCCUUCACAAAGUGCAAACGGCAGCACCCUCGUCAUCACCAUCGUCAUCAGCAUCAUCAGCAUCAUUAGCAGCAGCAGCAGUAGCAAGGACAGUUGGCGUACAAACUGAACAACACACUUUGAUAGGGGUGUCCUUUUUGCCCAACAAGGAUCGAAUUUUUGCGUUGCUUCGAAAUUACCUGGAGUCCACUAACCAGCGCUAUCGCAUAUUCGACAAGAAGUGCUUGAAAAAAAGUGUCUCCAACUGCAGUAUUAAAACACAUUUGCUGUAUGCAAUUCUUGCGAAUGCAUCUUUGUCCCAGAAUGCCUCAGAAAAGAAUGCAUUGUUUGAAGAGGCCGUCAAGCGUGGCUCUUCUGACGUAAUGGAGCCUGAAGAAAGCAACUGCGUUUUCUGGAUCUUGCUAGCUGAUAUGCAAGCUGUACCAAGGUCCACAGUAUCCCUUAGCAUUGCAAGUCGAUGGUGA